AUGAAGCCGACCCGUAAUGUGGGGACGUUGACUGACCAGGCGUCAAUCUCUUUGAGUGAAAUUCAUGUUGUCCACAGCGAGAACAGGGUGUUUGCUGUACUACAACCUACAGUAGACGAUGCUAGCGAGAGCGGCAGCGAGACAUCGGUACCACAAGACUCAGUAUUUCCACAAGGCACGACUGAGGAUGCUGGCGAUAGUGAAGACAUUGUGCCAGACUCGCAAGUAGCCCCGCAAAAGCCGAAGAGGCGCAGCGGACGCAAAGGGAGUAAAAAGGCGGAACAAAGCGACGAUAAUGGAGCUCGAGGGACGAAAGCGCAAGGACCGGACUGGAAAGGGGGAAGCCUCAGAAGGUCCCCGAGGCUGGGAAGUCAGAGUCCUUCGGAAGGUCUCUCAGGUGGGUUACUCAGUCGUUGCGCGGUGUACGAAAUGUCCAUCAGAAUUCCUUUCGGGGAUCUCGGUAUUGAGGAUGAACUUUUCAACAACCUCCAAGAUGCUGUACCCGGGCUCACUAGGUCUAUAUAUCGUGAAUUGGAGAUUACAUGCUCACCAGCAAGUGCAACAUUUGCACAAAGCGAAGAAGGCUUGCAAGCAGAACGAAUGGAAGAGAUGUGCGCAAAAAUCGAGGCCAGUCGUGACACUUUCAAUAGAGCUGUUGAGGAAGCCAUAAAACGCCGCCGAGAUUCAGUUGCCGCGCGGAAAAGCGAAGAUAAUCACUGGAAUUUCUUUAGUAGACUCUACCAGCGACUGCUAAGUGUAAUCGGCCGGGUAACUGACGCUGUGACUAUGAGCGUUAUCAGAUGGGCCUAUGAGCACGCAACUCCUACGAAACUCCUCACGGCAGCUUUCGUCAUUGCAAUCAUUGAUAUACUUGAGCGACCACCUCCGGACGAAGGUCAAGCAUCUUCAUCUGGAAAGCAGGUAACACCAAGCUCUGAUCUAUCGAAGAAUUCAGAGACUUCGCGUGGUCCACAAGGCUCAAACACCGAAGAAGAUAAAGCGUCUUCACCCGGAAAGCAGACAGCACCAAGCUCUGAUCUAUCGACACAAUCACCAACCCCUCGGAAGCGUAAAGAGAUCUCGCCAAUAAAGAACGAGGACAACUCAUUGAAAACGCCUAAGUUGUUAAAAGGCAAAGAGUCACCAACACCAAGUGACAGAGACAAUACACCAAAGCCACAGAAGAAGCAGAAGCGGAAAGAGUCCUCCCCCUCAGACGUGUACAGCCAUGGCCCAAAUGGAUCGCAACCAAAAGAGGAUGAGAUGGGCACGCGUGGCUCGACGCUCGCGCCCACCGACAAAAUUAUUGAAUCAGUCGAAACAAGCGAGGAGAAGACCAGCAUGGACACAUUGGGGGCACCUGACGGGUCUGAAAUGGACACGCAUGGCAUGACGUCGAGGCCCGAAGAGGAUGAUGGCGAAACAAGCGAGAAGAGCGACAGCGAGGAAGAUCCUAAGGAGGAUAGUAGCGAGACCGACGGAGAUCCAGAUAAUCAGCACGCUCUACCAAAUCAAGACAUCACGGGACGCAGACUCAGGCCAAAUGCGAGGACAAAAAAGGAUGAACUUAAUGAGACUCGAAUAGCAAAACAUGGCAUGAGGACUAGAUCUUGA